UGGACAAGCUUCGCCCCAUUCCUGGAGUUGUCUUCCUCCGGGGGCUGAGGAGGGAGAGGAAGGUUGGCGGGCGUUGCUUUGGAACGAUGGUCAUGGAACUUUGUGGCCCUAGCCUGCGCGAUCUAGCGAUGAAAGGGCCACUGAGCGAGGAGGAGGUAGCCGAGAUCGUUAAGAAGCUGGCGGAGACACUCCAGGGCGUCCACUCGAGUGGUGUUGUCCAUCGCGAUCUCAAGCUGGAGAACGUUUUCACCGAGCUGCAAGAUGCAAGCACGAUCAGGCCGGUGAUUGGGGACUUUGGAGUGGCGACCGACGAUGCCAGAGAGAUGAGCCAGAGCUGCGGGACUGAGAAGUACAUGGCUCCCGAGCUUAUCUUUGUCGAGAGAUAUGGGCUGUCUUACACCAAGGCGGUGGAUGUUUGGGGGCUUGGAGUGAUCGCAUACGAACUCCUCAAGGGCUACAAGCGAUCGAACCUGGAGAUGCAUUUGCUGCGCGAGGGGGAGUUCCAGUGGCCUGCCAAUCUGUCGCCAGAGGCAAAAAAUCUGAUCAUGGGCAUGCUGGAUUUGGAUCCCAGGAAGCGAUUGACACUAGAUCGAGUGAUCAAUCAUCCUUGGAUUCUAGAGAACUGUAGCACCACACGGGCUACUCCUGCCAAUAUCACAACUUGUUGUGGAAGGAAGAGAUUCACUCCACAACAACACUCUAGCCAUCCAGCUGUGAAGAAACUCAGGGUGGCUUAGCCAACACUUCCAAGCCAA